UCGCGAUAAAUCAACAUAAUCAACCAUGAAAUUCAACCUCAUGAAGUUAUCAGCUUCUAUCAAGCAAUGCCUCCUGUUAAGCCAUUGAUAUAUGCAGAGCUUCUGUCAAAUAUUCGUCAGAUAUCCAUCCUCGCAUUCUUAGAUACACCAUCAGAUUCUUCUACAAAAGUUGAAUUAUUGGCCGACGGAACAAUAUUGAGAUUGUAUCAUGCCGAAGAGAAUAUUCAAUUAACGCUUCCAGGUCAAGUGGUAUCAAAUUUAGAAUUACGAAAGUUUCCUAUUGGUAGCGUUGAGCUAUCAUGGCGCCUUCCGUUGGUAGGAGAUUUUCAACGGGCUGAUGCAGAUAUUUCACAAACUAUCGAGGCACCAUGGUCUGCAAAAGAUAUGGCUAAUGGUGCACAAAUUUUCGAGUGCCGUAAGUGCUUUGCAACUAUUGUGGCAGCAGGUCGCAUAAAAGAAUGGAAAGAUCUUCCAAGUGAAGGUUGGGCAGAAAUGAUGGACUUCUGGCAUUGCCACAAGCCUUGGGAUCAUGCUGGCCAUAAUCAUGGAGAAGAGAAUUUGGCUUCUACGAAAGGUUAUGGGGCGAAUGCAAAGUUCACUGCACAAGCUGGAAUUGGAUUCGUGGAUCAUUCAACUUUUCUUUUGGCAGAAAAUGAUUGUAAUAUUCCUGUUGGAGGUAAAGAGGUAAUUAUGAUUCCUACCUUCUUUCACUUGCGACCCCGAUUUUUAUGGGUACCAAGAAGGCGGCCAGACCCUUCUCUAUAGGCUGGUCACCGAUACAAAUACCCAAGAUAAAACACUUGUUGUCGCUCUGCUCCGGCAGCAACCAAUUCUAUUUACCCUCUUCUUCGGAUUAUGGGUUUAUGAUUUGAUUGAAGGCUUUCAAACCUUGGCAUUUAAAUUCACCGUAUCUUCUUCGAGAUUUUGGAAGUCACGGGAUUAGAACAAGAGACAUUUGUCCAGUAACGAAUGCACCGACAGACGAUCAAGUCACGUUCUGGAUAGUAUGCCUUAUUAACAAUUGUUUUGCUUACAGGUAAAGCGUCCUAUUCAUUGUGAAAAUGGACGGUGCCUCGCUACGAUUGGAUAUAGUGAUCCUCAAAAUGAAGGCGUAAGGGUUUUCAAGUGGAGUUUGCGAAUGGGAACUUUCGAAGAAUCUCCGUCAUCCAGUCUUUCGAAUAUGGUUCUUGAGCCAUCAAUGGCUAAAAUUAUUUCGGCUCAAUUCUUAGGAAUUAUGAACUCAUCUUGUGUUUCCCGUUUACUUUUAUUGCCAUCAACGACAUCGGAGAACGGGCCAGUUUACCCAGGCCUUAGUAUUUGGGUCUUUAAUCCCUCGAUUAGAUUUACUGCUCUAAAUUUUCACUUUUCUAGGAAAAUGCAUAUAUCGGAGACAGCUGGUAGACCUGGAAUCUUAGCCAUGAAAAUUCUCUGGAAACCCUGUGCCCCUAUUAGAGAUCCAUCAUCGGAAAAUGAAUCUGUGGAGGAACUGGAAUUACCCGGAGAUAUGUUACAUGGAUUUCGGCAUCACUUGGAGGAUGUCACAAAAAGAUACCUUCCACCAAGCGCACGGAAGUUACAAGAUUGGAAUGUAUCGCUUUUGGAAAGGUACGAAGCAGCGGUAAAAGAGGAGUGAGUGAUGUCGAGAUAAUCACUGGAAUUUUCAAAUAUUUUUCGCAUUGGCUUUCACAGCUUUCAAGCUUAUAGCAAUCAUAUAUCCGCUGGGAUCGAAUACACUAAAAAAUGAACCAUGGAUCAUACUUCCUUUUAAUCUUGCAAAAUCCCCUCCGGAGAUUUCUAAACUCUUUCCGUUCCAUCAGCCAAAUCAACAUUCGCAAGAUUCCCACCACAUCCACGCACUUUUACUGAUUCUUUAACCUUUUCCACCACGCUCUUCAUUUCCUGUCUCACGAUCGUGUGGGGAACCUUGUAACUAUCAUAUAGUGUCUUUAUAACCACGGUUAGGGCUUUUCGCCACGCCGCCGGAGCAGUUGCUGAUAAGGACAUCGAGG